AUGAACCAGGGCGAGAGGAGGCUGCAAGCGGCGGCUGCCGCUGCCGGGCUGCCUCCAGCCGGCGCCCGGUGCGCGGGAGGCGGCGGCUCCGCAGCCCUCUGCCUGCUCCUCUCGCUCACCUCGCUGGCCGCCUGCCUGCUGCUGAGCGCCAAGACGUGCGAGCUGCAGGGCAGGGUGGCGGCGCUGGAGGAGCGGGGCAGCCCCGGCUGGGCACCGGGAGCCCCCCUGAGCCCCGGACCGCUGCUCGCCCUGCUGCAGCCCCACAUGGAGCAGCUCUUCCAGGAGAAACUGGGCGAAGGAUUAGCCAAGCUGCGGACAGUGCGCGAGGCUCCAUCUGAAUGUGUCUGCCCACCAGGCCCUCCAGGAAGGCGGGGAAAGCCGGGACGACGAGGAGAACCUGGACCUGCAGGGCAGUCAGGACGAGAUGGCUACCCGGGGCCCCUUGGUUUGGAUGGCAAGCCAGGACCUCCCGGACCAAAAGGGGAAAAGGGUGAACAAGGGGACGUCGGCCCAAGGAUGGUUUUUCCUCGCCUCAAUCAUGGAUUUCUCUCUAAUGACCAGCAUGUCUUUAGCCGACGAAUCCUUAAGGGUGAUCAAGGUCAAGAUGGAGCUGCUGGCCCACCGGGUCCCCCAGGACCACCGGGUGCAAGGGGUCCCCCUGGAGAUACAGGAAAAGAUGGCCCCAGGGGACCACAAGGCCUCCCUGGCUUAAAAGGAGAGCCGGGGGAAGCUGGAGUGAUGGGUAUAAGGGGACCUUCAGGACUAAAGGGUGAGCCUGGUUUUCCAGGGAGAAAGGGUGAUGAUGGGACCCCAGGACAGCCAGGGCUUCAAGGGCCUAAGGGAGAGCAAGGAAGCACAGGUCCCAAAGGAGAGAAAGGAUUAGAUGGAUUGCCAGGAUCAAAGGGUGAUCCUGGUGAGAGAGGAGGAGAUGGACCCAUUGGACCAAGGGGUCCACCUGGCCUGAAGGGCGAACAGGGAGAUACUGUAAUAAUUGACUAUGAUGGCAGAAUCCUGGAUGCACUCAAGGGCCCACCAGGUCCCCAAGGGCCACCAGGCCCUCAAGGAGCUCCAGGACCAAAGGGGGAGCUUGGAUUGCCUGGUACACCUGGAGUUGAUGGAGAAAAGGGAUCUAAAGGAGACCCAGGAAAUCCUGGGAUAAUGGGACAAAAAGGAGAGAUCGGAGAGAUGGGCUUGUCUGGCCUACCGGGAAUCGAUGGGCCAAAAGGAGAGAAAGGAGAAACCGGAUCCCCGUGUUUGCAGAACAAUCAUAUAAUACCAGAGCCAGGACCCCCUGGAUUGCCAGGCCCUAUGGGUCCUCAAGGAAUCCCAGGUCCCAAGGGCUUGGAUGGCGUAAAGGGAGAAAAAGGUGACCAUGGUGAGAAAGGGGCAACUGGUGACACUGGGCCACCUGGUCCUGCUGGUCCCCCGGGACUUAUUGGCUUACCAGGCACCAAAGGGGAGAAGGGCAAGCCAGGGGAACCAGGAUUAGAUGGUUUCCCAGGUCUACGAGGUGAAAAAGGAGAUAAAAGUGAAAGGGGAGAGAAGGGAGAAAGAGGAAUACCUGGCAGAAAAGGAGCCAAGGGGCAAAAAGGAGAACCAGGACCGCCUGGGUUGGAUCAGCCUUGUCCAGUGGGAGAUCGUAAUAUUAAAGGCGAUAAAGGGGAGCCAGGCUUACCAGGCCUGCAUGGGUUGAGCAUACCCUGCCCUUUGGUAUAG